AUCUUAUACCGACAUAUCAGAAACAAUUUCGACUUGAAUAGUAGUAAUAAAGAAAAUUAAGCAACAAUGAAUCUAAUUCAAAUAGUUUUAUUAAUUGUAUCAUGUUAUACCAGCUUGAAUCAAGCGGCUUCAUUACCUGAAUUUAUUACACCAUGCAAAGGAACCGAUCCGAAUUUGAAUGAAUGUGCCUACAAAGAGGCUAACAAAGCUAUACCGGAUUUACUUAAAGGCUAUCCUGCGCUAAAUAUUCCUGUUUUAUCACCGUUACAAAUUCAGCAAAUUAAAGUUUCAAAUGGCGGGUUCAAUAUUGUAAUUGAUGAUGCAGUUGUUCGUGGGCUAGACGAAACUAAAGCUUCAAAUUUUAACAUUGAUCUAAAAACACAUCAUGUAAAAUUAAGAGUAACUAUCCCAAAUUUAAAUAUUCAAGGUGAAUAUGAGAUGUCUGGACAAUUACUUGUUUUACCAUUAAAAGGCAAAGGGCCAUGUAAUAUUACAGUUGUGAAUGGUGAUUACGAUAUCGACAUUUUAUACUCAUUAUACGAUCAAGGUGGUGUUGUAUUUUCAAAAUUGGAAAAAGUUGAUGUAGAAUUAGACAUCAAAGGUGCAAGCGUUUAUUUUGCCAAUUUAUUAAACAGUAGUAAACAAAUUUCUGAUGAUAUAAAUGGAGUGUUAAACAAAGAAUGGAAACAAGUUAUAAAGGAUUUAACGCCAGCUAUUAAAGAUGCGGUUGCAUUAAUUGUUAUUCAAGUUGUUAAUGGUAUUGUUGAUAAAAUUCCGUAUGCAGAAAUUUGGGGUGGUGCGGUUCCAUCCAAUUGAUGUUUUAAUUUAGUAUUUAAUUUAUAAGCUAAUUUUAAGUUA